AUGGCUCAGUCAAAGUUUCUGCGCGAGUACAAGCUGGUAGUGGUCGGCGGCGGUGGUGUCGGUAAAUCAUGCUUGACCAUACAGCUUAUCCAGAGCCAUUUCGUCGACGAGUACGACCCAACCAUCGAAGAUUCAUACCGCAAGCAGUGUGUUAUCGACGAUGAGGUUGCCUUGCUCGACGUUCUUGACACGGCGGGUCAAGAAGAAUACUCGGCGAUGCGUGAACAAUACAUGAGAACAGGCGAAGGGUUCUUGCUAGUAUAUUCUAUCACGUCGCGACAAAGCUUCGAGGAGAUCACGACCUUCCAGCAGCAAAUCCUGAGAGUGAAGGACAAGGACUACUUCCCCAUGGUCGUCGUCGGUAACAAGUGCGAUCUGGAGGGUGAGCGUGAGGUUACAAGGCAAGAGGGUGAGGCGCUUGCGAGGUCGUUCAACUGCAAGUUUAUCGAGACGUCGGCAAAGUCAAGAAUCAACGUUGAUAAGGCUUUCUACGACAUUGUACGCGAGAUCAGGCGCUACAACCGGGAGAUGCAAGGCUACUCAACGGGUAGCGGAGGCUCCAACGCAGGCGGCCCAUCCAACAAGAUGGAGGUCAACGAUAGCGAUGCCGAGGCUGGGUGCUGCGCCAAGUGUGUCUUGAUGUAG